GCGCCUGCGCGGUGCGGGCGGCGGGCAGCGCGUAGUGCGAGGCUCUUUUGUUCCGUAGAGGGGAGGGCCGUUGGCCGGGGCCUGCGGUACGCCGCAUCUGUGAGGGGCUCUACCGCGGCCACCGGCUUGUUGUUUACCUGGGCGCCACUCUUGCGAUUAGCUCGACUCCACGCUCCAGAAGCGCGGCACCGAUUCUUCUCGGGCUUUGGGCGCUGCUCUGAGCAGCGUCACCCUUUAUACCAGAAAGCUGGCGGGCACUAUGGGGAAAAAACAAAACAAGAAGAAAGUGGAGGAGGUGCUAGAAGAGGAGGAAGAGGAAUACGUGGUGGAAAAAGUUCUCGACCGUCGAGUGGUAAAGGGCAAAGUGGAGUACCUCCUCAAGUGGAAGGGCUUCUCAGAUGAAGACAACACGUGGGAACCAGAGGAGAACCUGGAUUGCCCGGAUCUCAUUGCUGAGUUUCUGCAGUCACAGAAAACAGCACAUGAGACAGAUAAGACAGAGGGAGGCAAGCGCAAAGCUGAUUCUGAUUCUGAAGAUAAGGGAGAGGAAAGUAAACCAAAGAAGAAGAAAGAGGAGUCAGAAAAGCCACGAGGCUUUGCCCGGGGUUUGGAGCCAGAGCGGAUUAUUGGAGCUACAGACUCCAGUGGAGAGCUCAUGUUCCUCAUGAAAUGGAAAAACUCUGAUGAGUCUCAGCGGGUCCCGGCCAAGGAAGCCAAUGUCAAGUGCCCACAGGUUGUCAUAUCCUUCUAUGAGGAAAGGCUGACGUGGCAUUCCUACCCCUCGGAGGAUGAUGACAAAAAAGAUGACAAGAAUUAAGUCUCCUGAGUACCAGCCCCUGUCUCUUCUGACUGUGGGUUUCAUAUGGGGAGGGAAGGAGUUCUACUUGUCUUGACACCAUAGAGGUGGCUUGAGAAGAUGUCCUUUGAAGAGCCAGUAUAGUUUCUGUGCCCUGCAGCAGCCCAAGUGCUUUACAGCCCUUCUACGCUGUAUAGUUUGCACACCCAUCCCAGUGGAGGGGAAGGGGAUAAGUGUUUCAAGGCAACCCAUUCUGCACUUUGCUGAGAAAAGCAAAGGGCCUUCUAUGAAGGACAAAACUUGCAGAAUUGGGUGUGUGGGAGAGCAAAAAGAUACUGUAGAUCUUCAAAGAGCAUCUCCACAACCCACAGCCUUCUUCCCAAUAGUGUUAACUCUGCAUUUUUACAGCGUAGCAUGUGUGUAGUUUUUGGCUAUUUACUGGUUUAUUAUUUGGGAGUGGGAGGGAUGGGGUGGAAGGGAGUUGAGUAGGAUCAUUUUGGUUAAAAUUUGGGGCCUGAUUGGGAAAAUGGUGAAACAGUGGAAAGAACAACUAAUGAUUCGUUCUAUGUCCAGAAUAUUUUACCUUUUCAAAAAAUGUCAUUGGCACCCUAAACAAGGACUAUGAGAGACUGCUUUAAAAGCUGUGAAUGCCUGAAACCUAUAAGCCAGUGUGUUCCCUGCCUAAGUUUAAUGCUGUUCCCCACAAAAGACUAAGCCAGUUCAUAAGUUACCAAAGCUACAGUUCAGGAGAUGGAAUCUGACUGAGGAGGGAAAGUCUUUUAUUAGAGAGUAUACACAGGCAGAUCAUUCUGUCUUUGAGGUGCUAAUUCCAGACAAGAAGACCCUUUCUAGUCCGGUUAAGAAGUUAUAUAAGGUUGUCCAUCCAAGCCACUGGCUGAGGGAUUGGGGGAGGGGCCUGGAGUAGUGUAGAAGAUGAAAGUAGGGAGGACAGGGGCCCAUGCUCUGAGGUGGACAAUUCUUGAAGCCUCUGUUUUUUGAACUUCGAACUCUGAAACCAUUGGUGGACGGGUUCAGUCACCGACAGCACAAAUUUCAUUGAAUUAAUUCAAGGGUUAAAUGAUUUCAAAAGCCCUGGUUUCAGGAGAAGAUUAAACUUUCAUACUGGGGCAGUGGUUCACUUUAAAACACAAAACAAACAAAAAUCCUAAGAAUUAACUGAUAACUGAAAUGCUCUGUCUUGAAUCAUGAGAUCCAUCCAGUUCUUGACAGCAUCUAGACCUAUAUCUUGAGCUACAUUGUUAAAUCUUUUUAAGCAUGUGUUAGGUUUCUGUGAAAACUUUGUUUAAAUGUAAACUUCAUACCAUACUUGUCAGUUUUUGUCUUAAUAAAACUCUAGAUUUAUAAUC